AUGAAGGAGGUCGUGCACAAAGAGAUAGUCAAACUUCUCGAUGCCGGAAUUAUAUACCCCAUAUCCGAUAGUGCGUGGGUUAGUCCCAUUCAAUGUGUUCCAAAGAAAGGGGGGAUGACGGUGAUUGAAAACGAGAAGGACAUUAUGGAGGUCUUCAUGGAUGAUUUUUUGGUAUUCGGGGACUCUUUCGAGAUGUGCUUGAAUAAUCUCGAGCGAGUGUUGGCCCGGUGUGAGGAGACCAAUUUUGUCUUGAAUUGGGAGAAGUGCCAUUUCAUAGUAGAGGAAGGAAUUGUCUUGGGACAUAAAAUCUCCAAGGACGGCAUUGAAGUAGAUAGAGCAAAAACGGAAAUCAUCGAGAAACUAUCAUCACCAACUACCGUAAAGGGACUUCGUGCUUUCUUAGGGCACGCUGGGUUUUAUCGACGAUUUAUCAAAAAUUUCUCUUCCAUUGCUCGUCCUUUAACUAAUUUGCUUGUUAAAGAUAUUCCUUAUGAAUUUACUAAUGAUUGCCUUGUUGCUUUUUCUAGGUUGAAGGAAGCGCUUAUCUCAGCCCCAAUUAUUUCAUCACCCGAUUGGACUCUUCCUUUCGAACUUAUGUGUGAUGCAAGCGAUAUAGCACUCGGGUGCGUAUUGGGGCAACGAAAGGAGAAGAAUCUUCAUGUGAUAUAUUACGCAAGCCGAACAUUGCGGGUGCUCAACUCAAUUACACCACCACCGAAAACGAGAUGCUAG